CUUGAUUCUAUACUGUCUACUCACAACCAGGUGGAAGAAUAAUGGACCUGGAAUAUUAGCGUACGAAAGAUUUAAAGUUAAUAAAAGAUGAUUUUUGGAAAUUGUUUAUUCAUUCAAAGACAAAGACUCUUUUAUUUGCAUGGAUUGCGAUCAUGGGCUCGAGCAUUCGCUAUGCAGCAGAAAUUCAAAGACAAAAUAAUAAUUAAAGUAAAAGCUGGCACAGGUGGCGCUGGAUGUUCAUCAUUUGGCCGAGAAAAGUUUGUGCCAUUUGGACCAGCUGACGGAGGGAAUGGAGGUGAUGGAGGAUCAGUGUACAUAGCUACUAAAUCAGGAACUUUCAAUAAUCUAUCACACCUAAUGGGCCAUUACAAGGCGUCUGCUGGAACAAGCGGCAAAGGAGGGAAUCGUCAUGGUAGCAUAGGGUCCUCUUUAAUUCUCUAUGUUCCACCAGGAACGACUGUUAAAGAAAUACAAAAUCUGAACGAAGAAGAAGAACAAAAUUCUACUUACUCAGUUCAAUGGGUCCAACGACCAGGUAAUGAGAGAUUACCUAUACAAGCCUUGGAAGGUCCAUCUUUUGAAGAGGAAGCCGAAAGACAAGCGCAAGAGCUUUUUCAUUGUAAGUCUCCUCCAGCAAAUGCAUACCCUAUAGAAUAUAAUAUGAUGGACGAUGACGGCAAACCAAGAAUUCUAUGUCGAGGUGGCAUUGGCGGUUUUGGAAAUGUACACUUUUUGAGCGAGAAAAAUCGCUCUCCCAAGUUUGCAACUAAAGGAAUGAAGGGUCAGUCAAAGGUUUUUGAGCUGGAGCUUAAAACCUUGUGUGAUAUUGGUUUAGUAGGGCUUCCCAAUGCAGGAAAAAGUACCCUGCUGAAUUCAUUGACAAGGGCAACCUCCGAUAUCGGAGAAUAUGAGUUUACAACCUUGCAACCUCAUUUGGGAACGGUUCGUUUGGUUUCUGACAAUCAUGUUCCUGUGAGCUUCAGUUUGGCGGACAUUCCGGGACUCAUUGAAGGUGCUAGUGAUGGGCGUGGGCUAGGUUUCGAGUUUCUGCGUCACAUAGAAAGAGCAAAACUUCUUUGCUUGGUAAUAGACAUAUCUCCGAAAGCAAAGAUCCCAUGCACCGAAGCCUUUCAACAGCUUUGGAAAGAAUUAAAAGAAUACAAUCCGAAGCUCUUGGAGAGAGUUUCAAUAGUUAUUGCAAACAAAGCAGAUAUUUCUGCUGAAAAACAACUUGAAAAGCUAAAGGACGUGGUAUCCAGAAACGGACAAUCGAUAACUGUAAUACCCGUAAGCGCUGCUCGAAGAGAAGGAAUGGACACUCUACUAAGGUGUAUGGCAGACCUAUAUACAAAAAUGAAAAUCGUAUAAUGUAUUCAUUAAAUUAUUUUUUAUUAACUGAAUUGAAUGUGAAAAAUGCGGGUACCAAAAGGAGAGUCUAGCGUGAAACUUGUUGAACAUUGGUAUUCUGUAUAACCUCGAGUCGUGCUUUCAAUCGGUUGUAUGGCAUAAAUUAAGGAGUUCAUACUAGAAAGGAUUAGGUUAAGGAGCAAGCAACAGGCACAAAAAGAGAAAGUUUUGUAAUAGACAAAAUAUCUCAAAAAAAUUAAGGGAAAAAAAUAUUAAUGCAAGCUUUAGGAAAAAGUUUUCUGUUUUUGUAAAACAUACAAUAUACCGCGCCGGGAGCCCAUGAGCUGUUCUGGAAAGCGCUUCAGACAAUACUUCUGAAUGCGGCGUCCUAGGCCCAGCCGUAAAGGAGAAGCAAAUUGAGCUAAAGUAGUUAUAGAAGUCUUUGAACUAUUUUCCAUAGACGACUGGUAUCGGUUAUACUCCAUAACUUUCAGGAGUUUGAGAUGAUCAAUGUUGAAAGUUUCGCUCAGUAGUUCACGCUUUUCUGCGUCGAUUAUGGAUCUUUCUAAUAUGUAGGAUUUGCUUACAUUUAAAAGGUCUGAAGCCCAUCGCGGCACUUUCCCUUGCUUGACCAGUAGUCGUUCUGUGUGCAAUCGACCGUUUUCAUCAACAUAACGCUCUAAGACAUCGGCAGACACAACGUGAGAGCUGUAAGGACUAGGGAAACCAUUAAUAUUAAUUCGAAGAACCUAUGAAGACAGGCUUACGUGUUACAUACUUUGGGUACCUACGCAACCACGCCGACGAAACUUUUUCCCAAGGGGCAUCAAACUCGGUUUCAUCUUUACAAACAGACAUGCCAGAGAAUCGCCAAAAGUGAAUUAUAUUCUCUUUGUUUUAAGGUACUUAGUACAGGCAAUUAUUGCUAGACUGCAGACAGACACGCUUCUUUGGUAGAAGUUAAGUCAGUUUUACAGGAACUAUCUGGAUAGUGUGAUUGAAUGAACUUCACUAUAAGAUAAACAAAAAGCGAAAGUCAAUUGCUGUGCUUGGGAAGAUGCGAAAAUUCAAUCUUAAUGUUUCUACCUGUCAAUGAAAUGGAGAAAGAGUACUGAUAUGGAUGUACGGAAUUCUCUAGGAGAUGGAAGGCUCUUGUGGAAAGUGGAUGGACAUGUAUCGAUUCUCUCAUUUCGGGAUUCCGAAAGCAAAUAUACAUUAAAAGAAGACUCUUAAAAGUAGAUUGUCUCUUUUGAUUGCAUAUCCUCGCCAGAAAUUGCACGACUUGUAGAAAAUCCUUUUCCUCUUGGAUGGAAUGAUUUUAUGGUUCCUUACCUCUGUUAUUUCUACUGUAUGCUCUAAGAAGACUUAUAUUAUCGAAAGGCUAAACAGGAUAUCUGUUUAUGCAGCCAGGAAAUGUAGACCUCUUUCCUCCGGAUGCUUGCUCAUUUGUUUUAGGAAGGUAUAAGGGGCCGUUCCUGAAAUUUUUUACCAAAGCUGCUUUUUCUAUUCUCAAUCUGUAAAGUUUCCGUUCUACUUUCGUUUAUUUCUCCUUUUAUGAAUACAUGUACCAACCUUGCAAAUUGGACUUUGCCAUGAAAUGACCUUAAACAAAGUAACACAUACUCAAAAGAAGUAUCGAAUAUUAUACUAUCGUCUUAAGAAUGAAUUUGGAGGAAACAUCCUUUAUCAGGAAUUGAAGUCGGAAACAGCUGAAUCUUCUGUAUGUCUUAUGAAAUUGAUAAAGGCUGGAAAAAAGUCAAGGAAAAAACACAAGGCUUGUUGGUCCCUUGUCACCUGUAGCAUCACUUUCAGUCAGGGACAAACAAAAACGCAUUUCAAGUUAUUUCUUUUGGUUCAGCUUACUCUUUAACAUAAACUAGCUUUAGAAUUGUAUAUAAAGUCGUUUACAUAAACUCUUAAAACAAGCUAUUUUGCAUCGGCAUAUUCUGCUUUUAUACACCAGCUUCAUUUGAUGCAAUCAGUUUUAUAAACUUAGAUUUUUCUUUAUAUAUUCAUG